AUGUCUAAUGAAGGAGACGAGUGGGCGGCCUUAGAAGCUAUGGUCGCAGGAGGAUUUGGCAAACGAAACAAAAACCAACAGCCCGUAAAUCAACAAUCAUCAAAACCUCAACAGUCCAUAGUACCAUCAUCAAAACCAGCUGCUUCAAAGGGAAAGAGUAGAGCUGCUGCUAAUGAUAGUGAUGAUGACGAUGAAGACGAUGAGGAUUUACGACCUCCUAAAGCGAGAGCUGCUGUAGCUGCCGCUUCAGCUAAAGUUAGUGUAGGUGCUCCUAGAGGACCUAUGAUGCCAGCUGCUAAACCUCCGCCAGUUUCUACUCCUAAAGGAGUUUCUCAAGAAGACGACGAUGAUGAUAUGGUCGGGCCACCAAUGGCACUAGCUGAACAGGCGAACGAGUCUAUGGACGAUGGUUCAACUGACGAUGACGACGAAGAAGAAGAACCAGACGAAGCUGAUGUAUCAUCAGGAGUAGUACCAGUAACAAGCCACAUCCAGUUAUCAGAUCAUCGUAAAACCGUGUCAGCCUUAACGCUAGAUCCAGCUGGAGCGAGAUUGAUUACCGGAAGUCAUGAUGAGGAUGUCAAGUUUUGGGAUUUCAUGGGUAUGGAUGGGAGUUUCAAGCCAUUUAGGACUAUUGAGCCGUUUGAAGGGAACCCUGUUCGAGAUUUGCAAUUCAGUACUUCAGGUGGUGAGGUGCUAGUUGCCUCAGGAAUGCACUUUGCGAAAUUGUAUAAUCGUGAUGGUGUCAUUGUGGAAGAAUAUGUCAAGGGUGACCCAUAUAUUCGUGAUCCAAAACAUACAAAGGGUCACGUAGCUGCCCUAACAUGUUGUCGAUGGCAUCCAUUCGAUCGUAAACAGUUCCUAACAGCAUCAUUGGAUUCAACUGUUCGAAUAUGGGAUGUAGAAACCAAGAAACAAUCUACUCAAGUCAUUGUAGUCAAGUCUGAACAGCGUGGUGGACGAACCGCCAUAACUUCGGCUUGUUACUCGAAUGAUGGUAAAAUGAUUGCUACGUCUGGUCAGGAUGGUGUUAUUCGGAUAUGGGGCUCUACGGCACCGUUUUUGAGAGCUGCUCAUACCAUAUCGUCAGCACAUAUGACUGGAUCCGAAAUAUCAUCAACAACAUUCUCACUCGACUCUCGUCGUCUCUUAACACGAGCAACAGAUGAUACAGUCAAGUUAUGGGACUUGCGUAAUGUCGCCAAACCAGUAGCAGUAGCACAAAACCUGGCAUCCUUUUACGGAGAAGCCAAUGCUGUCUUCUCACCUACAGAAUCAGUAGUACUCGCUGGUACAAGUGUUCGAAAGGAAGGAUUUGGCAAAUUGGUGGUAUUAGACGGUAAUACUCUGAAAACCAUCAAGGAAGUCAAUGUAACGGAAUCUAGUGUGGUCAAGAUUCUGUGGCAUCCCAAAAUCAAUCAGAUUGUUGUUGGUAGUGGGAAUGGUACCAUCAAUGUGUAUUAUGAUGAUGUCGCUAGUGUUCGAGGUGCUUUGUUAUGUGCCAAUAAGGGUCUUAGAAGAAGUGCUGGGUCUGGAAUGGUGACGAAUGCUAAUAUGGAAGCAGUCAUUCAUGUACCAAACGGACUACUCAAAGAUGAUGGUCAACGAAAAACUAAACGCAAGCUGGCAAAGAUUCGACAAGAUCCAGUUGCUAGUAUGAGACCAGAACUUCCAAUGACUGGACCAGGUCGUGGUGGACGUCUGGGUCAUAGUAUACAAGCUGGAAUGUUACAAUCACUCAUCAAGGACAAUACCAGAAAUGAGGAUCCUCGUGCUGCUAUUCUCAAGUAUGCUGAACAAGCCAAGAAUGAACCAUAUUACGUGGAUCCUGCCUACAAGACGACCGCUCCUGAUCCUGUCUUUGCAGACGCUGUCUAUGAAGAUGCUGUCGAGGAGACCUGGGAGUCAAAUAAGAAGAGGAGGCAGUAG